AUGCGAAUCGAUGAAGACGAAGGCCAUUAUUGGCAUCUGGUGUUUUUGCAGUAUAAAAACGAAACCAAACGGGCGGUUGUUCCGGUCGGAGGCCUGAAAUCGCUGAACGAUAUUCGCAGCUUGUUUCUGAAUACCUUUUAUGAGUCGAUCACUCCAGAGUACCUGAAUUCAUCGCAUAUUAAGGUUUAUAUUCAGGAUCCGGCCAACACUGAGCUUUUUUAUGAGCUGGACGAUGUGAGCACAUAUUUCGUGUGUGGUGUUGUUCAUGAAAUUCUGGAGGAAACACGGCGCCUGUGCCCACGGCAGCGGUGGCACUGGCAAAGCAUCAAAACCCUCCACGGGAAGUGUGUCCAGAGCAGCACAGACGCUGGAUCGAAAAUGCCCGCCGGAGCGCAGUAA